AAAAGGGUGUGUUCUUUAAAUUAGGGGGGGAAUACACGCCCUCUCCCAACAAAAUUCGGCUUCCCCGUACUCGGCUCCGCACUCAGCAGAAGAUCCCAGGGACUCAGCCUGAUCGGGAUUGCGGGUGUGUAAAUCGAGACCAGGACAGACGGAUCUGCAACAUGUCUUCCAUCACAGACUUCUAUACUGGGAAGAACAUCCUGAUCACCGGGGCCACAGGUUUCAUGGGAAAGGUCCUGGUAGAGAAGCUGCUGCGCUCCUGCCCUGAUAUCAAUGCCCUUUACAUCCUGGUUAGGCCCAAGGCCAACCAGUCACCUCAAGAUCGUAUUGAUAACAUGCUGAAAUCCAAGCUCUUUUCCAGGCUGAAGGAGGUCAAUACUGACUUCCAACAGAAGUUCGUACCAAUCAACAGUGAUCUUAUGCAGCCCGGACUUGGGCUCAGUACUGAAGAUGAGGACAUGCUCAAAGCUCGCAUCCACGUCAUCUUUCACUGUGCUGCUACCAUCCGUUUUGAUGAACCCCUUAAACGUGCCCUGCGGCUAAACGUGGCAGCCACACAGGAGCUCCUGAGCCUGGCCGAGCACAUGCCGAAGCUGGAGGCCUUUAUCCACAUCUCCACUGCCUAUGCUCUCUGUAACCACAAGCACAUUGAAGAUGUUGUCUAUCCCCCACUUGUGGAACCCAACAAACUUCUCUCCUCUCUAGAGUGGAUGGAUGACAGUAUUGUAGAUGACAUCACACUGCGUCUUCUUGGGGACUGGCCGAACACCUACACUUUUACCAAAGCUCUAGCUGAGUCCAUGGUGAACCAGCAUGGUGACAAGUUCAAUAUUGCCAUAGUCCGACCAUCCAUCAUAGUGGCCAGCUGGCGGGAGCCGUUCCCCGGCUGGAUUGACAACCUAAAUGGCCCAAGCGGAGUCCUAGUGGCGGCAGGAAAGGGUGUCAUGCGCACCAUGAUGGCCGACAACACCGCUGUGGCCGAUAUCGUCCCCGUCGAUGUGGUCAUCAACCUUAUGCUGGCUGCCGGAUGGUAUACUGCUGUGCAGAGACCAAAGUCAACACUAGUCUACAAUUGCACAACAGGUGGUGUCAACCCCAUCCUCUGGGGGGACAUAGAACGCAGCGUGAUGACGACAUUUCAGCGGGUACCACUGGAGAAAGCUUUUCGGAGGCCAAACGCAAACUUCACCUCUAGUUACCUGAGCAAUCGGUUUUGGAAUCUACUCACUCACAAGGUCCCUGCACUGGCCUAUGAUACCUACCUGCGUCUAUCUGGAAAGAAGCCAAUGAUGAUGAAACUCUACAAGAAGCUGCAUAAGGCAGCUGGGCUGCUGGAGUACUUCUCCAUCAGACAGUGGAGUUGGAGCUCCAAAAACUUGGAGAUGCUGAAGGGCCAGCUCAGUGCUGAGGACCAGCAGAACUUUAAUUUUGAUGUUGGCCAUUUGAACUGGCUAGAGUACAUGGAGAAAUACUGCAUAGGUGCCAAGAAGUACAUCCUGAAUGAGGACAUGGCAGAUGUUCCAGCAGCUAAACAGCACCUGAAGAAGCUGAGGAACAUCUGCUACACCUGUAACACUCUCCUGCUGGUUUUCGUCUGGCACAUCUUCAUUGCUCAAUCCCAGGUGGCAAAUGACUUGUGGUCCUAUAUGGUGAGCGCACUCCUCAAGCCCUUGUCCUACUUCCAGGAGCCUGCUGGUGUUUAGACCCACUAAGAGUCCACAGCAUGCCCCCUUUCAUUCUAGAAUCUGACAGCCCACCUUUCAUAAAUUCCAAGUUCUCUCUCAUUCGGCUCUGUUCAAGAUGACGAUGGAUGAAGGUUUUACGUCAGAAGAUGCUUGCAGUGUAGAGAGAGGAUACAGACUGAGUUAGGUGGGCUGUUGUGGGAAGAGAACAAAGGCGCUCUCCUCUCCCUUUCCCCCCGUGCUUGACUGGUGAAUCUCCAGUGGCCCAUAUUAGCCACCACCUUCAAGUCAUCAGACAUCUGUGGUUUUCCAGUCACCCGCCGUGUCAUACCUCCAGUGUGAUGGGAAAACUGACUUCACCAAAGCAGUUUGAGGAGCAUUUCUACUGCUUUCAGGUUAUUAUGCCCAGUAUGGGGCAAGUUGGAAAAACCUCAACUGUGCUAUUAAACUGGGAGUAGAAUACCUCAAUAAAAUAAUUGAAUGGAAAAUUAA